AUGGGCACACGAAGUCGCACGCUCAAAUACUUGCCGGGACACGAAUUACGCUUUGGAAUUGCGGCAGUGUCACACGAUGAAUCAACAGGUGAAGUUGACGAAGCUGUUUGUUUAUUCUGCCAGCACUUUGGUCGCGAGCAACGAGCUGAGAAAAAGCGCAAGUGUGCCAGUACAAUCAAAUACUUUCGAGACUCGUUUCGACCUGAUCAAUACACACAGCACCAUCAAUUGCAGCACCCAACGCAAUGGCUUAAGUAUAAAGAUUUGAGUGAUAGCGACAAGUAUAAGUUUUUUUCCUCGACAACAGAAUCGGCAGUGACGGAUACAAAGAGUAACAUUUGUAAUCGUACAGAUGAAGUUUUGAUACCAGAGAUUCAUGAGCGAGGACGCUGUUUUGAUAUCAUGGCGAGCAUUGUAGAGAUUGUGGCAGUCAUGGCAGAUGGUAUGGGUCCAGUUGAGCCCACAGUUUAUACGAGAGAUCGAUUAAUGUACCAAUACAUGACCCAUCAUAAUUACGAAGGAGAGUUACCGUCAAAUUGUCCACGAUGGUGUCCACCUCCCAACACUUUUGAAGAGUGUUAUGUGAUUCGAGCCGAACCACCUGUGUAUCGAGUGGUACUCUACGCCAAGACUCAAUUAGACUUUGUUAUGGAGUUGGCGAAAGAAGGGUUAUCAGGAGCCCAAAUUUCAGCCUCUUUACAAACUUGUAAGCUUUAUGCACCUCUGCUAUUAAAUGAUGUUGUGAAAAGUCCGAUGGAAAUUGGACCAUCGUGUACAUCGAGUGAAGCUAUGACAGUAGCGCAAGCAAACGAGAAAGAAUUGAAGAAGAGUUGUGUGAAUGAAAAUAUGACCCCCGAGUACAAUGAAGCUCAGACGACUGAAUUUACCAGAUUUGGAAUUGCUGUAUGCUUAAACAUCCUUUCAAAAUUGCUUGAAGAGUCGUGGGGAUUUUCGCUGGAAUUUUGUACCGUUGCUCAUCAUCCUCAGUUCUCGUAUCUGGAUGUGCGCGUAAGGUUUUACAAUCGAAUCGGAGGGCUUCGAAGUGCUCAUUUGGUAGCAAUUCCUGAGUGUACUGGUCGAUGUGACAAAAUGAUAAUCAAAACAUUGAACCGAGUACUCACUACGGUGCAUCCUCACUGGAGAACAAAGCUACUGGGUGUUACAACAACUGGAGUUCUCCCCUUCCCAUUUCGCUUGAAUGAAGUGGUUGAGCAUUUUCAACACGCAGCCAAAGGAUCCGUGCUUUAUCGAUCCUCCAACUGUAUUAGUCAGCUUCAACACAUCUUGCAUACAUUUUGCACUUCAAUCGACAACGGGAAUUUUCUCCAGAUGCAGAAAAAACUAAGCGAAUAUGUUCGUAAGGAUCAUCGUGUGAGCUCAAAGAUAAAGAAGGAUCCAACUUUCCGGGAACAGCUAGAUGCCGAAGUCUACCGCGCUUCGAGUCCUCCUAUGGCGUUCGGCCGGGAGAUAAAUAUGUUUGUUACCCAUAGCUUAUUUCUUCAAGAACAUCUAAAAGAUUCCAAAUCUCCGUCAAACCCUUCAAUAGUGAUCCCUGUGUCCUGGUGGGUGGAGCUUCAAGUCUUGCAAUGGAUACUCAUUCGUGCUCAUGCUGUUUAUGAGGUCUUGAUGAAGCAUUAUGUGACGAUAGAUCAGCAAGCCAAUGUAAUGGCUAGCUUGGCAGGAGAAUUAAUUACUAGUCUUCAUGCCCAAAUUUACAAGGAUCCAAAAUCAAUACCUCAAUUAAGUUUUGUAGACUAUAUAUCUUUGGACAAUCGAGUAGCUUUGUCCAAGACCCACACGGAGGAGUUUGUAUUAAAAGCUAGUGAGCUUGCUCGCAAUUUGGUCAAACAGGAUGGUAAUACAAUAGUUAGAUCCACCGCUGAAAGCUUUGCAACAGGUGCUGCGAACAUGAUUGCAGCGCUGGUCGAGCUCAGCGUCAGUCUAAAGCAGCAAUGUGCCGCUUGUACUAUUCCAACAUACGGAGCAGCAACUGUUGUGACGGAAGUGCUACCGCCAGUAAUGCCUCACGAGCUUGCACUUCUUAGCUUGGAUGAGUUUGAAGAGAUGCUUAAACCCUUUGAGACUUCGUUGCUUGGGACUCUAACUAAAGCUGAAAUUAAAGUUAUUCAGGAAGAGCACAAAUUAUUCCGUCAAGCUUUCGCCUUGGACGAAAAUUUAAGAUGUGCGCUUGAAAUGUGCACACCAGAAACGCCUUUUCGUGUGGCAUGGAACCUUAUGGAUGCUCGUUUUGAUUCUCUUGAAGCUUUCGCCGGUGGGGUUGCAACGGUGUGGCCAUCGCUUGUCGUCCCAGUAGCCGACAGAAACCUGUGUGAUUUUGUUCUUUGUAUCAAACAAAUGGAGGAAGCACGUCUGAUGCUUUCAGAUUUUGAGCUGGAAAGCACCUUGCACGCACAACAAUUUCAGUCACUUAUGCUGCUAAGAGAACAACUGUACGAAAGAGACAUCGACCGAUGGGUAAAUCGAAAGCGCCAGAAAAUGGUUAAUCCACAUCACAGUAACGCUUUAUGA